UCAAGAACAUGUUUUCUACUCGAACGCAAGAAUGCGUUUUGUGUUUCCCGCGGUGUCGUUAAGGUUAUGUACCUGCCAUUGUUUACAGAGUUAAUCCUUAACAUUUAAUAGUAAAGUAGAAAUCUAAUAUAUAGAUAUCGUAUUUAUUAAAAUUUUAAUAUAUUUUCGUUAUCUCGCCGGAGAUUCGUAAUGCAUUUCUUCUUAAGGUUUUCAUAAACCAACGUUCUGGAUAUGGAAGUACCUACCGUAGAAAAUUUACCCUACUGUAAGGAGUUAUGGUUUUUGAUAUCCGAUACCGUAUGCCGGUGCGAAAGACAACUCGUCGAAGAUGAAAUCAAAAAGGAAACGAAACUCCUCAAAGAAGGACUGCUAUUUUUUAAACCAUAUACAGAAGGCUCCCUUCAGAAUAUACCUAAAAAUGAUCCUUCACCCCGAAUGUAUGAAUUAAUUAGCAAACUUGCUCCACUUCUUAACCUGGAUGCUACGCUUACAUGGGAUUUAGUUUGCAAUUUUAUAAAAUAUGAAUAUCGAAAUUGUGCAGAAACUUUCGCGUCUCAACUAAUAGACUUUACUUCGAUGAAAGCAUUAAUAGACGACAUUUGGGAUUUUUAUUACUCCGAAAGGAUGACUUUAAUAAAGUGCCUUAAACUUAUGGUCGAAUAUAAAGAUAAAGAACAUCGCUAUAAAAAGGAGUUUUCAAAUUUUUUCAAUGACAUUUUAUUCGGGACAUUACUGGAGUCUGUUAGAAAACAAAUAGAAACACUAAAAACUGUGAAUCCACCUACCAGAUCCCAAUUGUGCACGGAAGAAUAUUUGCAUAGGUUGUAUAAUAGUAGUCUCAUAGAAAUGCGAGAAUUACUUCAUAUACUGACGGUUAUCGUUCACGACAUACAUAUCGCUCACACGGAUUUUAUUCAGUUGUACGAAAGCAUCGGGGGAGAACCACGACGAUUAGCAAGUACGAGAAGUCACGAAGAUAAAAAAGCGAUUGCUAAAAAAAUUAGAGAUAUACAGUAUAGUCAAGCAGGCUUGCUUUUGGUAGCGUUAGACGUUAGAAUACAUCCUAACAUGGAAGAUUGGGUGCAGGGCGUAAGAAGCAGUAUGCAAGAGAUAUUUGAACAAAAACGUGUUCGCGAUAAUUUCUCUCAAGAUAGCCCAUUACUUCUAUCGUGGAUGUUGGCAAAUUAUGCGAUCGAUCCUGAAAGCGUCGAUGUUUUGAACCGAUUUAAACCAUUUGGCAUUAAAGCUAUACAACUUGAUGUUUUCCACUACUUGCAAGAAUUAAUGAACUGCGAAAUGAUUUGCGAGAAAACUCAUUAUGCCGAAGUAGUACGCAACAGCGUCUACAAUCUUCUUACUUUGACAUGUGCUUUUGUCGACGAAAAGAGGUUUAACACGUUGAACGGUAUCUUCGAUGCCGUUGCAGCUACCAUUCAGUUCCCUGAAACUGCGGCACGAUUUUGGGAAGAAGAGGAUAACGGUUUACGAUUGGUUUAUAAGUUUGCUGCUGAACAAUUUCCUUAUGAAUUCGAGCCACUGACUAAUAUUGCGAUUGGAUUGGCAAACGCUUCGGAAAAGAGCAAGGAGAGAAUUGCGACGGAGUUAGAUCAAUUGCAAUCGUUAACUUUGGAGAUACCGCGGCAACGGGAUCAUAAUAAACCUUUCAGGCCGUUUGAACAAGAAUGUACGAUUCAUAGAAACUCGUAUGCCCUAUCAGAAGACUGUUCCAAAAAUAUACGGAUAUUGUCGAGUGAUCGAGAAGUGGUAAUAUUUUAUCAACAAGCAAGUUACUGGGAUGUUUUGCAUUAUAAAAUAGAACAACUCUUUUCUCAAGUGGGCGGUAGAAUUACACAUACGUACGAAAUGAAUAAAAAUUUACCGGAAAACGUUUAUCAGGGUCUGAAGUUACUAAAAACUUUGUUAAACGCCAGAAUACGACAAAGUAUGGUAAUACCGACUGAAUUAAGUUUCGAGAUCAUCAACAGAUUUUCGUAUCCGGUAUUGCUCGAAGAUAAGAUGUACAUAUAUAAAAUAGUAGCAGCUUGCAUCGGCAUUUCAUCCGAACUUGUAUUGGAAUACCCUGAAGAGAUCUUGUCACGGAUGCGUGCCGGUGUUUAUCCCAGAUUCAAUAAUCGAUAUCAAAAACCUUUAGAUUUUGCCGAAGCAGUUUCCUUCGACGGUGGUAUAAUCGCAUCGUGGUUAUCGGCCGUAGAAACGAUCUCCCAUUCUUACCCAAUUUUGAACGCGUACUUGGAUAUUUUAUCAAAAUAUUUAAUCGGAAAAUACAACGAGGAAGCUCUGUACACGGUAGAAAUACCUGGCAUGGUAUUUCUGUUACAAGGUGUCUUGCCAAAAUUGGAUUCCUGGUAUUUCGACUCGGACACUGAAAGAACUGACUUGUGGUUGAAAAGUAUGUUCUGUGUUCAUAGAGCCCUUGAAUCUAGUCUACCAAAAGAAGACAUACGUAACGAAUUACAGCUCGUAGUCGCGUAUAGUUUACUGUAUUUAGAACCACGACACGCGCUGCUCAAGCUGAUCCGUACAGGUGAACGUACUUUGCAUAACAAAAUGAUGGCAGAAACAGAUUGGAUUCGUGGAAAAGGGUUCAAAGCGAUCAAAAGCGUACAGUUGGCUUUGUCCGUGGUGAACAGAUUACUGAUAUUCCGAAAGUCGUUGGGUCUAGAAACAGGAGAUAGAUCGCCGCUGGAAGCUGCCUUGUAUUCUUCGCCACGUGUACCAAACGGUCUUUUAAUAGUACCUACGAUCGUUAAUUAUUUGUACGUUUGGUUCAGUCCACCAUUACAAGCGAUGGCUGUUAGACUAUUAAAAAAAUUUGCCGAAGGAUCAUCGAUGUCGCUUCUCGUUUGCAUGGGUAUGGAUGGUACAGCUAUACGAGAAACGUUUGCUUCUCGCCGAGGACUCAUGUCCCCAACUUGUGACGCCGAGGUGAAGGUGGCUAUUCUUGAAUUAGUCACCGUCUGUUUAGAAAAGCAACCUGGUUUAACGGAAGCUCUCUUCAAUAUUGUGCAUCCGGCUGAAUGCAAACGAAUCUUUCCUCGAUCUGUGGAGGAAUUCUUCACGGAAGGAUGUAGACAGUUUCUGGUUAAAUAUCUGCAACGAAUUUACGAAAAAAAAGAUAUCGUACGCGAUAAGUUGUAUAAUAGUACGAUGGCGUUAUUACGAGCGAUGUGGUAUCAUAGAAACGAGAUUCUCGUAAAUUUCUUCCGUAAACGAGAAAGCUUUUGGACUCAUCUUUUCGCGCCUCUUUUCAGAAAUCUAGUUCCAGGUGCAAAAGGUUAUUCCCAUCUGUUGGACAUAAUUACUUUGGAGCUGUUCAAGAGCACCAUGUUGGAAGACGAUUUCUCCGCUAAUUUGAAAAAAUUGUUGGAUAAGUCGCAAGAUUACUGGAAAAAAUUGGCGAUAUACGUGCUCGACGAUGCGUAUGCCGAUACAAAUGAUUUAAACAGAUACGAGAAACCAGACACCACUACCGUAGAUUCGUUGUACGAAACUAAUUUGGAAUCCUGGUACAAUUUCAUCGUUACGCUAACGGAUGAAAGAAUAGCGUCUAGUUAUCCCAUCAACGUAACUCAGGCACAAUUAAUAACUCAGCGUUCCUUGGAAUCGUUAUUGGAACGUGUCAAACAAUCUCACGACAUCAGUAGCCGAAAAGUUACGAUGUUGCUAGCUUCGUUGUCCCUUCGAUGUAUCACCUCUUGGAAACAAAUGUGCGUAGACGACUCGAGGAUCUUCAAAUCGGGUUUAACGCAGCUGAUGCAAGAAGUCGGACAAGCUUAUCGCAGUUACGGAAAAUCAUUGCGUCAAACGCUGAUCUCUUUGCUUCUCGGUUGCAUGCAAUGCGUGAAAAGUACUCUGCGCGAAGAUGCGACUAGUCUGGAGUAUCUUUUAGCACAGUCCUGUACGAUAACUGCCAGCGAACUGGAGGAAUUAAAGGAAGCUGCCACUAUGUUUGACAAACGAAGGUCUGAACGAACUGAACGAAAGACGGACGAGAAAGGAACGGUGAGCAGUGUAACUGUGCAGAAGAACGUCGACGAAAGGAACGCAGAAACUCUUCGCGGUAUUCGAGAAAGUUUACCAGCCACCUUGGCCGUUUGCAUGGUCACGCAAUUGUUGCGCUCUUACGUCGAACGAAGCACGCUUUCCAAGUACCAGCGGAAAUCUAGCUGCGUGCAACUUCAACAAAUGAUACCAGAAUUAAUGACCUGCAUCGGUAUCACUCUGCAAAAGUACCCGUACAUGAGAUUUAGCAGCGCGGCACUCGACCUGCUUAACUUGAUUGUUCGUUUGCCGUACACUUUACACCCGAUCAACGAGAACGAUAUUUCUAAAUUGUGGCUGAGCUUGAUGCCGCCUGACGAACUUGAAAACAGUAUGUUGGACUCGUUGUACGACGACUGUCCAAACGGAAGAUGGCGAUGCCAGGAUUGGUGGCCACUUUACACUCUUGGACUCGAAUUUCUGAUAGGACUAGUCACUAGAGAUACGCCGUCCGUCUACAUUAAAUCUAUCGAAAUGUUCCUAAAUUCUCACGAGUACCAGUUGAUGGUCGCAUCGACGCUAUUAAGGCACACCGCGGAUCUGUUAGCAGCGGACCUGGUGCAGUCACUCGUCGCUCUUAUUUACAUGAUGGCAACGCAACCGUACGUUUGGAACUCGAUACAACCGAACGUUUGCGAAACUUUGAUUAAAUGCAUGUACUUAGCGUACGACAACACCGUCAACUUAUUAUUAAGACCACGAAUUCUGAAGUUCAUCAUCGACGGAAUCAGCGUAGAGAGCGCGGAAGAACUAGAAUCGUGCGAUAAACGUUCUCCGAGCGGAGAAUUAAAAUUACUGGUUAAUAAAUUGAUCGUGAUAAACACGACUUGCGCCCUUAGUUUCGUCCACUUCUCUCCGAGAUUAAGCACUCUCGUGGACACCAUCUACACACAGGACUUUUGGUACACUCCCAUGGCGGAGAUGAACUUUGGACCACCUCAGAUGAGCAUGAGUUCCGGCCCACGGUUAACCUACGGCACUAUAAUCAGCUCGACGCAAUUGUUCACGCAAGCUCUUCACUCCCGAUCGCAGCCUGUAAGCUUGUCUAACGUUUCUUUUGGUGGACAAACGGAUAAGGCGGAUUCCGCCAAGAAAGAGUGGGAACACGCGACCCCGGAAGAUCGACGAAUGCACACCAGCAAAGAUUUGAGGAGGAUCAUCCAUGCUGCUUCUGGCUCUGCCUCCAGAUCAUCCUCCAACGUAGCAGGAGAAUUUUUGGGAUACGUUAGCGGCCUUGACGUAACCGUGCCGCUAUUAAGCAGUCCGAGACUGGUUCGCAGACCUUACGAUCCGCUCAUUUGCGAAAAUACCAUUCUUUCGCGGGCGACUGCCUUAACCACUGGUAGACACGUGGCAAAAGGAGGCAGCGGAAUGGUCGCAGGGAGCAGCGACAGUCCUGUCGUGACCAAAUAUCAAAAAUUUAGCGAUCCUUGGUUCGAAUCUAUGGACGAAAAUAACACAAGACUGGCUCUUGAAAUGAAUCUCGUGUUGAUAUUGUGCCAGACCUUAGAAGGUGUCAGGAGUCCAAGAAUUGCUCUUAGAGAUAGACAAUUAAUUGCGCGCGAAACGGUAACGGAACUGGGAGUGUUCUUUGAUUUCCUCGAACAUCGUGGUACUCCUGAUGACUGGCAAGUUAAAGGAUCGUUGAUCAACGCGGACGCCAGGAACGUAAGAACUAUUCAACAGAACGUUGAAUCGAGCCAAAUUAUUUUGCCCGCGAGAUUGAAGGAAACCCAAAAGAAAAAACCGGAGGAGAAUGUUUUUACUACCGGUACAUUUAAAAUAAAUAAUAGUAAUAUACAGUUUUUGCCUUUGAUGGGAAAAUUAUUGAAAGCUGUAAUGGAAUCUUUGGAUAUAACGCAGUAUCGGUAACGAUGGACGUACUGUCGAGCGUCGCAUACGCUUUAAAUAAAUUAAAAACAGGACGAAACCAUUUGAUAACUUUCGAAGAAACAAAAAUUUAUAAUUAUUUUGUGUAUACGUGUGUAAGUCACAAUAAAGUAACGAUUUUUAUUGUA